CACAAAAAACUCAGCACAGUCAGAACCCUACAUCUUAUCUAUACCAUCACCCAAAACACCUAGGAUGCAUAUAUCCAAGCUCUACCUCCUCGCCUACAACACCCUCGGCGCCAUCCUCUGGCUCCGCAUCCUCCUCACCCUCUGCUUCCUCGCCCUCUCCCACCCCUCCGCAUCAACCCUCCCUCUACCAACCACCAUCUACACCACCCUCGAGCCCCAAACAAGAUGGGCCCAAACCCUCGCUGUAGCUGACGUUCUACACGCCGCCGCGGGAAUCACGCGCGCCCCCGUCUUCACGACCUUCACGCAGGUCUUCGCGCGCUCCGUCCAGGUCUGGGCCAUCAACUACGGCUUCCCCGGCGUGACGGGGCCGUCGGGCGCCUACGCCUGCAUGCUCCUGGCGUGGUCGGUUGCGGACGCCGUGCGGUAUGUGUAUUUCGUGGCGCUGUUGUCUGGGUCCGGGUUCGAGACGGGCGUGGUGAGAUGGUUGAGAUACUCGCUCUUCAUUGUCCUCUAUCCCGUCGGUAUUGCCAGUGAGUGGUGGCUUAUGUACGGUGCGGCGACGACGACGCAGAGGGGAGCUGUCUCGGGGGUGUUUUAUUUCUGCUUGGGGCUUUAUGUGCCGGGGUCUGUCAUGAUGUAUUCGUAUAUGAUUAAGCAGCGGAGGAAGGUGCUUGCGUAGAUUGCAUCUUUCUUUUGUGCUGGAGAUCGGAUGAAUGGGGUUGAAAUUGGUAAGGUGUGUAUAUUGAUGUAUAUUACUAUAAUUGUUGUGCAGUAUAUAGAAUAGAAAGGAGUGAAAGGUCG